AUGCAAUCCGGCCAGUGGCUGCCAACAGUCCAGUGUCUGGGCCUGAAAUCUGCCCACCAUCCAUUCCCAGAUGCCACCAUGAAGCCUACCUGUUUGCCAUACCAUCCUGUCGGCGUCGGCGCCCUGUGGCUUCAGCGGAGACCAACUCAGUCCAAGCCACAGCGAUCUGUUUUCCGAUCCAAGGCAGCCUCGGGCAGUGGUCCCCCAGCCGAUGCCCAAAGCUCUGAAUAUGGGGGUAACUUUGGUACAUACCAAGGUGUACCAGCCGGCCCGCCGCAGUACCCAGUUGCGCCUCCACCAGUCGUGGAGACGCCCUCUGGGCUGCCGCCCUGGGUCUGGAUCCUGGUGGGUGUCCUCCUGGCAAGCUUCUUCAACAAGGUUGCGAACUUCUUGCGGAGUCCGCAGCAGGCCAUGUCGGAAAUGAUGUUCAAGCAGAUGUCCAAGUCGAUGGGCAACCAGCCACCGGAGGGGCCAGCGGCCGGGCAGCCCAAUCCCUUUUUCAGCCCUGGAGCCGGGUUCCCUGGGAUGGGCCCCCCUCCGGUGGACACUACUGCAACUCCAGUAACUCCUGUUGGCACCCAGGCAGCUCCACCGCCAUCCAUGUCGGGGGCAGGAGGGCAGACAGGAAUGCAACAAGAGUACACGCCACCCGCUCAACCUGCAGCUGGCACAGCGCCACAGUCCAGUUUUGACCCUGCAGGUCCUGGGGCAACAAUGCCUGGAGCAACAGCAGCAGGGGCUCCAACUGCCGGUGUGGCGCCUUCAGACACACUGGCUGCGGACCAAGCUGUGCAGCCAUCCACGACGUCCAGGGGCUUUUUCUCAGAUGUGGGGCGUCAGCAGGCAACCACACACGUGGACAGAAGUUCUGAACAAGAUGAAAAUGUUGAGUGGCUGUUCAAUAUGUUGAAGGACCCCCAGAUGCGAGAAUCCCUGGCGCCGUUCCUGCCGGAGCAGAUGCGCGACCCGGAUAUGCUGGACGCCAUCCUGGCCAACCCCGUCGUGAAGGAGCAGAUGAAGACCAUGUUCACACCAGAAAUGUUGUCUAAGAUGAAGGAGUAUCAGGGAUCAAUCAAUGACCCCCAGCUGAAGGCACAGCUAGAGGGUAUGAACGUGAGCCCUGACGUGCUUAUGCAGAAGCUGAUGGGGGAGCCAGAGCUGAUGUCCCUGCUGCAGAAGCCGAAUGUCAUGGAGGCAGUGAUGGAUAUGAACAGCAACCCCGAGAACAUGUCCAAAUACAUGAACGACUCAGAGGUGAUGAAAGUCAUGAUGAAGAUGAGCGACCUGACAAUGCAGGCGCAGAUGGGGACCCAGGGGCCCAAAGCCGUUCAACCGCCUCCACCCAUGGCCCCCCAGGCAGCUGGGUAUCAGUCUGCAACGCCUGGCACACAGCCUGCUGGUGAUCAGUCCCAUCCCGCACCUGCUCAGCCUACAGGUAGCCAGCAGACCGCGUCAGAGCCUGCUGCUUCCCCAGCACCUUCCACAGACUAUCAUGUCACAUCGGAGCCUGCUGACUCUGCUGCAACCGAAGCAGAUUCUCAUGCUCCGCCAGAGCAAACAGCAUCUCCCACAAGCAACCAGGCCAGGGUUGAGGUGGACUCAGACGAUCAGGCAGUACCGACAGCACUUGUGGUGCCUGUUGAAGAUGAGGCAGAAGCUUCAAUAAGGGAUGAUGAGCAAGGUGGAAGGGCAAAUGGAAUUGAGGCAGCCGAAUCGUCCCAGGGAGCUCAAGCAGGGCCUCCCAGUGCACAGUGA